CCAUGUGGAGUUGAUAUUCACUUGCGGCCACAAAGUUUGCGGUGAAGGUGAGAUUUUCCAACAUGCUUCGAGUGACACCUUUGGGAGCUGGGAAGCACGUUGGUAGAAGCUGCAUACUCUUAGAGAUUGCAGGUUUUCGCGUCCUCUUGGAUUGUGGCGUGGCAGUUGCAGUGCCCGAGGAGCGGCGAUAUCCAGAGUUCAAAGAUCUUGACGUUGCGAAGCUGGACCUGGUGCUUCUCACUCACUUCCACCUGGACCACGCAGGAGCCUUGCCCUACUUGACUGAGGUGCUUGGCUACCGUGGGCUGCUGCUGAUGACGCAUCCCACCCGCGCCAUUGCACCCCUCAUCCUCAGGGAUUUCCUUCGCUUCAGGCCGCAAAAAAAAGAGGAUGCCCGGUACAAGACGGAGAUGAUCAAUCCUUGUUUUGAGCGUGCCAAGUGUGUUCAGCUGCAGGAACGAGUCGUGGUCAAAGAGAACCUCACCGUGACAGCAUACUACGCCGGACAUGUGCUUGGUGCAGUGAUGUUCUUGGUCGAAGCGGGUGGGCUCAGUGCGCUUUACACCGGCGAUUUCACCACAGUGCCAGACCAUCACCUGAGCGCCGCCCGUGUUCCCUUGGGCUUGCGCCCCGACGUGAUGAUCACUGAGACGACGUGUUGCACCACAGUCCGAAGCUCCAAGCGAAUGAAAGAGUACGAGCUUUGCUGCAAGGUCCAAGAGUGCCUCGAGAAGGGUGGCAAGGUGCUGGUGCCAUUACUGAUGAUGGGACGCAGCCAAGAGAUAUGCAUGAUCUUCGAAGAGCAUUGGGCUCGGGCGCAGCUGGCUUAUCCCAUCAUUGUGAUCCGUGGAUACUCCGAACAGGCUGGAGCCCUCUUCCAGCUGUUUGCCUCCUGGGGCAGUCGCAAGGUUCGAUCGUCCGAGAAGCCCUUCGAGUUCCCGCAUGUGCGAGUUGCAGAUGUUGAGGAAGUUUUGGCAAUGCCUACUCCAGCUGUGGUCUUGGCUGGACCUGCGAUGUUGGAUGCAGGGUCAUCCUUGCAAAUCUUCAAGUCGCUGGCUCCAGACAGCAAGAAUCUGGUGGUCAUCCCAGGAUACUGUUUGCCUGGCACUGUGGGGAAUCUGGUGCAGGCCAAAAGCAAGCAAAUCGAGCUCGACGAAGAGAUCAUCCGCGUGAAAUGCGAGGUGGAGACGGUUUCACAUUCAGAUCACACGGAUUCUCGGGGAAUCCUGGAGCUCAUCGCUCAAACAUCACCGCAGCAGGUGGUCUUGGUGCACGGGGCUGAGCCGUUGAUGAAGAGCUUUCAGCCCAUCGUCACUAGACGGCUAAAGCUACCGUGUUAUAGCCCUGGUGUAGGCGAGACAGUUGAGCUAGUGGCAGCUGACUCAUUGCAGGUCUUAGCCAGUCCUGCUCUUCUCUUGGAGGCUCAGGUGGUUGAAGCUCCACCGGUGUUGAGUUCCUUGCCAGUGAUGCACGGCUCAGCACCCCCAGCGGCGACCUUCUCGGCCCUGGCGCGGAAGCGCGGGCGCGAUCUCUAUGAGCUUCACCCGCGCUCGGAGGAGGGCCUGGCGCAGUGCGGCCUCAAGGCUCACAGAGUGCGAUUCAGCCACAGAUGUACACUUUCAGCAAACGAUCUUCAAGAAGCUUUGAGUAUUGUGGGCCAUGAGAAUCCUUUGGAAGGCGAAGGGCCUUGGGACCUGAACAUCGGUGGACUAAGCUGCAAGGUGGGCAAAGAGGCCGCUGCUUUCGUUGUCACAGUGCUCUGGGACCGCAAGGCCGAAGCGGAGGUCCCCAAGCUGUCGACCUUCUUGGAAGCGCUUGGAGCAGGUGGUCUUGGUGCACGGGGCUGAGCUCUUGAUGAAGCCGCUGUGGACCGCAGGUUGCCCCCCCAUGGUGGUCAAGCUCAUGGACUUGAGUUGGCACGGCGACUGGAAUGCCGGCCAUAGUUCCCUAGUUGGACUGAAGCGUCGACUGCAGCCAGUCAAGGCAAAACCUUUGAGAAGCUGGAGGUUUUCGAUCCUUCGGACAUGGAUCUGCUGCAGGCCAACAUACAUCGCCUGGUCGUACCAGUGGCCGAGCUUGGAAGAGCUUGAACGGCAUACCAGUCACGUUGUGAGUAGCUGAAAUAGGUUGUGGCCUCACCUGUAUGCUUGACCACUUGUGACUUGGCAACGGUGCAAGCAAUGGGUUUGGGUGCUUUAGGCCCCUCCGUGAAAAUUGCCAUUAUUGAGGAUAGACCUGAAGCCAGAUCGGACAAGGAGUGGA